AUGGCGGACGAAACACUUCCCGCCCUGGCGCUGAACCUUCCGAAGAAGGAGAGCUCCGACUCCGCGCUCUCUUUUUUUGCUGCACGAGCAUGGAGUCGAAGGUGGCUGAAGCCGCAUUCGGGUGCCCCCUUCACCCUCUUUAAAGGGAUCGCCUGCAAGAGGGCACCAGCAGGGAUCAAAAGCCACGCCUCGGAAGAGGACUUCAGCCCGGUGACGCUGAUGAACUCCACCAAGAAGCCGGAGAACAUCCGCCCAGCUAGGCUAGUGCUGCAACAUUUUGUUGUGACCUCCAGCUCGUUGGCGCAGUUUGUCCGACAGUUGUGUGUAGGUCCCGAUGCGUUUCGCGUGGAGACUCAAGAGGUGGAAGUGUUGGGAGGAGUUGAACAGGUUGGGCUCGGGGAGGUCCGAGGCGUGGUAAAAGUGGAAGGGCUUGCGCUGGACCCUUUACUUCGGACGUUUUUCGGAGACAUCGGCGAUGAGAGCGGCGCUGAAGGGCAGAGACUGCUUGGUGAGAAUGAAGUGGUCGCAAGGGAGAAUCAGGAUGAGUUCAACAUCAAUUCUACCGUCGGCUUGGUAUCUGCAUUACUCCUGUCUUGCUUGGCUUCCAACUUGGCUGAUUCCCGCGAUCUCAAAGACCUCACCGAGUACUGCGAAUCCAUUUGCUGGCUCAGACAUUUCGAGCUUUACCAGCUCGUCACCUUCUUCAGCAUGACAAGCAAUGUCUUGGCGAUCAUGACAGCAAUUGCGCGCCUGAUUGCGUUUCACCACAUAUUGAAAAAAGAUGCCACGAGCUUCGACGCGAGGCUCAAAAAGGAUGGGCUUAAAUUUUGGAACCACACACCCAUCUUGGCAAUGACUUUGGGAGUGAUCUCCUACAUUGCAAGCAUGAUCGUCCAAGCAUCGUUUGUAAUGGGUGAUCGGGCAAUUUUGGCAGGUGUUGGCAUGGCUGUGUUUGCUCUAUUCGGCUUAUGGCUGCCCCAUGAGAUCUUGAUACAGAAAAAUCGACGCCAGCUUCCUUCCGAUGGAGACUAG